AUGAACAAACACCAUUUAUCAGGUGAGAUCUACUAUGGAGGAGCCUCCGUUGGCAUCCCUUUCCUAUGGGAGUCUGCACCGGGAACUCCCAAGGUCAAGCACCACCACCAUCCGUUGCCGCCACUCACUCCCCCGCCUUCCUUUCUUUCCAAUAAAACGACCACGACCACGACCACGACAUCGAAGAAGCCUUCAAGAUCAGCCACGGGUCUCUUCCAUGCUAUCCUCCCGAAACUUCUCAUCAUGAGGAAAUCAAACCGUCAUCCUUCAUCGCCAACUAAUUCUUCAUCCUCUUCUGAGUCUUCUCCAUUUACUCAUGCGCCGUGGCAAUAUUAUUCUCCUUCACCUGGACAGAUCUUGAGAUCCGGCAGCAGGAGGUCAUUGUUUCUGUCAAGGAUGGACGAUGAUGUUCGACAAGAUCAUCGGAGAUCAUCUGUCAAUUGUUUCGGGAUUACAGGGUGUAUCUCGGAGUAA